AAAACGUUAAUUUAAUGAAAAUGGAGCAAAUUUCUUUACUAAAACUGAAUCUUUUGAGAAAUUAAUGUAUUUAAUUUUUUCGUAUUAAACGAUGUUUAGUCAUUAAUAAAAACUAUUUUGUAAAUAUCAUUUACGAAAGACACUAAAUAGCCAGAGAUCGAGAAAGAGAAAGAGAAAAGAAAAAGAUCAUGUAAAAGGCAUCGACACAGUCUGGUAUAAGUUAAACAUGGCCGAGUCAUCAACAACUGUUGAAAAUUGUGAAGAGGAAAACUCUGUAACAAUGUUAGAUGUAUUGCAAGAUCAAAAUCAACUUGAAGAAGAUGCCAAUGCAGUUUUAGGAGCAUCUGAUGAUAAAAAUUGCACAUACAUAAAGGGAUACAUUAGACAAGCUCUUUAUGCCUGUAAGACUUGUUCAUCUAACAAAGACCAAGCAGGUAUCUGCCUUGCUUGUAGUUUAUAUUGCCAUGAAGGUCAUGAACUGAUUGAACUUUACACUAAAAGACAUUUCAGAUGUGAUUGUGGAAAUUCAAAAUUUCAAGGAAAAACAUGUACUUUAGAUGUCUGUAAAGCAGAUAUUAACGAAGGAAACAAAUACAACCAGAAUUUUAACGGAGUUUACUGUACCUGUUCAAGGCCAUAUCCAGACCCAGAAGAUACUACAGGAGAUGAGAUGAUCCAGUGUGUUAUUUGUGAAGAUUGGUAUCAUUCUAAGCAUUUAAAUUGUGAUGGUAUUCCAGAUGACAAUUCCUAUGAAGAAAUGAUUUGUAUGAUUUGCAUGGAUAAACAUGAAUUUCUUUGGAAUUAUGGUGCUCAUCAUUCUGUGAAUACAAAUAUUAAAAAAGAUUCCACAGCAAGUCCUGAGAAAAUAGAUGUUAGUAGCCAACCAUCAAAAUGUACUAAACCAGAAAAACCUUCUGAACAAUAUACUGGUUCUUGUUUCUGGUCCGAAGGGUGGAGAUCAUUGCUUUGUACUUGUGAUAACUGUAAAAAAAUGUAUGAAGAACAACAGGUUUCAUUUUUGCUUGACCCAACUGAUAGCGUGCAAGCUUAUGAAGAAGCUGGAAAAUUACAAAGCUCAGAAUCUCAGUACGAAAAAGGAAUGAAGGCACUUGCUUCUCUUAAUCACGUUCAACAAGUAAAUGCUAUUGAAGAAUAUAAUAAUAUGAAAGAAAGAUUGAAAGAAUAUCUUCAAAAGUUUGCAGAAAAUAAAAAAGUCGUUCGUGAGGAAGAUAUUAAAGAGUUUUUCUCUGGAAUGGAAUCUAACAAAAAAUCUAAAGUCAUAGUUCCCACCUUUUGUCGUUAAAUACAGCAAUAUUACUAUUUUUGUAGACUUAACUUUAUUUCUUUUCACUCAUAAUAUUUAAAUAAUCAAUAAAAUAAUGCCAAUUAUUAUAAUAUUGUAUAAAAUACUAAACAUAAACAAAUCAUCA